AUGUCUGAUAUAUGUUCACUGCUAAAAUUUACCUUCGGGGACGUUGAAAAAUAUAUCAAAGAUAAUCUUGAUAAAGUCUGUGGUGGUGCAGCUGGCAGUCAUAUGAAGAAUCCAAUGAUCAAUGAAAAAUCUUUUGCUUUACACUCUGAGAAAGGACACAUUUUGAAAACAAUAAUCAAGAUUGAUGACACUGCAGCUGAUAUUACUUCCAAUGUGAAACAUAGUAUGGCUAAGCACAAUGUUUGUCGUGUUAAAAUUAAUUUUGCUAAUUUAAAUAUGUCAGACGAAGAUUUUUCUUCCACUGCGGGUGUACGCUCAUGGCGAGCACCAAAACCAACCAAUAUGAGCAAUAUGUCAGCUACAGAAAUGAUUUGGACCGUUCAUCCUCGAAACUCAUUGUCGACUACAUCAGCGAUUUCUUCGUCUAAAAUUACUUCGAAAGGGCCUCUGUGUCAGGCUUGUUUGGCAGAUCUUCGCUCUUCACCUGAAUUAGAUUUAUUAAAACAAUUAAAACUUAGUUGCGAUGCACUCAAUCUUCCAUUCUCAACUCUUAUUGAUCAUGCCAUCGAACAACAACAGCCACUAUCUAUAGUUAAUACUAAUUUUGGACCUACGUUUUCCAUCAGCCCGCUGGCAAUUCAUCAACAUGAACAUAUGGAGAGAGAAGUUCUCUUUUUAAUUGCAGACUGUAUUGAAUCUAUUUACAACAAAGAUAGUACAAGUUAUCCUUCAUUUUCAUUGAAACCUAUACCAUCAUUAACCGAAUUAAACAUGUCAAAUGAUAAUAUAUGGUGGUCUACGAAUAUUAUGGUAGGUGCUGCUGAUGCAAUUAUGUUAGAAGCAAAUACAACGGGACAGCUAUACCCAACAAAAGAAUUAAAACCAAGCAAACGAUUUCGUGAUAGAAUUUAUCCAGAUUUAACAAACAAAUUUAACUCGUAUAAUGAUAAAAAGUUUACUGUUCCCAAUGAAACUGUUCAAUGUUUAUCAAAUACAUCAUGUUUAAUUUUUCAGGGAAUAAAUGUUACACAAUUAGUUAAUCCAUCAAGUGAUCGAUUAGUUUUUUCAACAGAUAAUGCAUGUUAUGACUAUACAUAG